CCAUGACCACCCACCCCGUCACCCGUCACCCGUCAGUCGACAACAACAUGAUCGGCCUAGCCCAGCUCGCACCGCCCUGAACCACGAUCCGCGUCGUGGGGGCCGCCGGCAAGCAAGGACAAGGACGCCCCCCGUCUUCGCCUUCGUGACCGCGCCCUCCAAUGCCCAUACUCGCGUACUCGUGCUCGUGCUCGUGCCUGUGACGCUCCCGCUCUUGCCGGCCCCGUGCCCCGUGUCUCUGUCAUAUUAUAUCACGGGACAUCUCCACUUCUCUGAUUCUCGUACAUGCUACCAACGCGCUCAUUGCACCAUCUGACUCGGGACCCGGGCCCAGGUACGUCGUUCUGCCGCAGAGCCUGCCAGUCACGCACGCCCGCGCCCGCACCACACCGAUUGCGCGUCCGAAAGCCGUUGUUCCGCUGUUCCGUUGUUCCGUUGUCGUUGUCGUUGUUGAUCGCACACAGGCACGCCGCACGCACAGAGCAGCGCAGAGCAGCGACGAUGUUCGAGGCAGCGCGCCACAGGUAUAGCCCGGGGUCGGCGUGCGCACUGCGAAUGCUCCCAGUCCCAGUCCAUCCAUACCACACACACAUGCACACACCGCAGCGGGAAUUGCCACACUCGGUUAGCAAUGUUCGUGGUGUGCAAUGUGUGCGCCCCCUUCGGGCAGUAAUAGAACACGUCCAACGCCUGCUAUUGCAAAUGGGAAUGGGAAUCCGCGAUCCGAUUUGGGUGUCCAACUACUUAUUAUGUAUGAGCAAUGAAA